CGGAAACCGGCUUCUAUAAUAUAUCAAUGUUUCCGUGUACAAAAAAUGUGUGAUUGUACAGGGUGUUAUUACCGCCUCAGGCCGCGCGGGGGGCGCCGUGACGUCACUUCCGGUGUUGCAGAGGGACUCGAUGAUGGCUGCUCAGGUGUGUUUCCGUGGUAACUGCUUGUUUCUGCAGGUAUUCAGUAGAUAUGUGCGCUGUUUUUCCUCUAGCGUGUCAGUUGGACAGAUUCAGUCUCGGAGUGAGAUGGACCUUCACACACCCCCGCACACACACACUCACACACACCCUCUCAUCCCGUUCUCCCGCUCUACCAUCGGAACCUUCUUUCAGGAGCGACCUGUGCUCAGGAACCCGUUUACCCAUGAUGCACUGCUCAGAGGAUAUCUGCGUAGACACCUGCCUCUGCAGGAGGUGCAGAAGGAGCUGUUGGAGUUUGGUGAGCGUGUAGUGAAUGAGAUUGAUGAUCUGGGUCGCCAGUGUGAGCAGAAUCCCCCGCGGCUGCAGCCGUACGAUGCGUGGGGUCGGCGGGUCGAUCGCAUCAUCACCUGUGAGGCGUGGACACGUCUCAAACACAUCUCUGCACAGGAAGGUCUGGUGGCUGCAGGAUACGAGCGACGCCUGGGCGAGUGGAGUCGUGUGUAUCAGAUGAGUAAGUUGUACCUGUACGCACCUUCUGCUGGUCUUUACACCUGCCCACUAGCCAUGACUGAUGGAGCUGCCAAAGUCAUUGAGUCUCUGGGCAUGCCUGUUAGAGAGGUGUUUGAGCGUCUGACCACGCGAGAUGAGAAAAAGUUUUGGACAUCGGGGCAGUGGAUGACCGAGAGAAAGGGUGGCUCAGACGUUGCGAACGGGACCGAGACAGUUGCUCAUCCACAGGAGGACGGCUCGUACCGGCUUCAUGGCUUCAAGUGGUUCACUUCUGCAACCGAUGCUGACAUCACACUGACCCUCGCACGCAUUACAGAUCACUAUGGCAACACCAUACCGGGGAGUGUGGGCGUGUCCCUCUUCUGUGCCGAGGUGUGGGACUCUGAGGGUCGGACCAACGGUGUGGAGAUUCAGAGGCUGAAGGAGAAACUCGGCACACGGCAGAUGCCCACUGCGGAGCUGCUGCUGGAUGGCAUGAAGGCUCAACUGCUGUCAGAGAAGGGAAGGGGCGUGGCCUCUAUCGCCAACAUGCUGACUCUCACUCGCAUCCAUAACACCGUGUCUGCUGUAGCUGCUAUGAGGAGAAUAAUCCAGCUGGGCACUGAAUACUCCACCAAGCGUAGUGUAUUUGGAAAACUGCUAAAGGAUCAUCCACUACAUGUACAGACACUCAGCAGACUGGAGGUAGAAACUCGGGCUGCGUUUCUCUUGAUGAUAGAAGUCUGUCGCCUUUUUGGGCGAGAAGAAAACGGAGCUGCAACGGAGCGAGAAACACACCUUCUGAGACUGCUCACACCUGUAGCUAAACUGUACACUGGCAAACAGGCAGUUGCUGUGGUGUCGGAGGGAUUGGAGUGUUUCGGUGGUCAAGGUUAUAUUGAGGACACCGGACUUCCUGCCUUGCUGCGAGAUGCACAGGUGUUGAGUAUUUGGGAAGGCACCACUAAUGUUCUCUCACUGGAUGUUCUGCGCUCAAUUUCUAAAUCCUCAGGACGUGUACUACAGGCUUUCUUCUCUGAUGUGAAGGAGCGAUUGUGUGCUGCUGGCCCUGCCGUGUCUCCUGCGGUACAGAGUCUGAGCUCGUCUCUCUCGGGUUUAACUCGCUUCAUCCAGACUGCAGAGUCUCGUCCACCUGAAAGCCUUCAACUAUCGGCACGAGACUUAGCAUAUAGCAUCGCACGCAUUUACAUGGGAGCCCUGUUAGUGGAGCAUGCCUCAUGGGAAGGAGCUUCACACCCUGAUGUCUACGCUGCUCUGAGGUGGUGUGAGCAGGACAUGUGUCCUGUAGAGCGGGAGAUGAAAGAGUGUUACAGCACCAACGCUGCACUGACUGACUCUCAGCUUGUGUACCAAGGACUGGAGAACCAGCACCCCUGAGAACACACACUUACUCGCCCUCGCGUGCACAUGCACACGCCCUCACACUCACUCACUCACAAACACACACCCACACCCACACCCAUACACAUACACAUACAUAUACACACGCACAUACUCACUCACUCACACACACACCCACACC